UUUUCCCAUAAACCAAAACGCCCUGACCCCAACGCUUCCCUCUUUUUUCUUUUUUCUUUUUGUGAGUUUUUAUUAGGGAAAAAAAAAUCUCUCUCUCCCCCCUCUCUCUCUUUUCAUUCGUUCUCUUUCCAUCUCAUGUCAUGUCAUGCAAGUAGCACCCUAAGCCUUUAACCCCUUCACUCCACGACAUUUGUAUCCCUGCGCCAGCUCAUUCAUAUUCAACCCAUUCACCAACCUCUCUCUCUCCUCUCACUCUCUCUCUCUCUCUCUCUCUCUCUAAAGCUUUCAACGUUUUCUCCACCAGAUCUCUCGGAGUGACCCCUUGGAGAUGCGUGCCCUUUGAGCCCUUUCCUUGGUUUUCUGGGGGGCUUCUCCGUCAAUCCCCCAAUACACCCCCAUUUUAUUUAUAACAUCCCCAUCUCAAACAACAACUCCCUUUCUCUCUCUAACUCUCUCUCUCUCUCUCUUUCUGGGUUCUCUCUGGGCGGGCUUGGCUUGGGGGGGUUUGACUUUUUCUCUUCGAUUUCGCUCUGAAUGAUUUUGAGGGGUUCCGAAAGGAGAGCGAAAAAUGGCGAAUGGGUUAGAGAGAGAAAGUGGGUUGGUGGUGAUAUUCAGCGACGACGAGCUUAGCGAGAUGAGCGGCGUUAAGAAAAGCGGAGACCACAUUGAGGUUACGUGUGGCUGUACAAGCCAUAGAUAUGGUGACGCCGUCGGGCGGCUUAGGGUUUUCCUCAAUGGUGAUCUCCAAAUCACCUGCGAAUGCACCCCUGGCUGUCAGGAAGGCAAAUUGAGUCCAGCUGCAUUUGAAAAGCAUUCUGGAAGAGAAACAGCUAGGAAAUGGAAAAAUAAUGUUUGGGUCAUAGUUAAUGGGGAGAAGGUUCCAUUAUGCAAGACAGUGCUGCUCAAAUACUACAACCAAACAUCAAAAACUGCCAACGGGUCACACAGAUCCAACAAUGGACGAGUUUGUCACCGCGAUGAGUUCAUUCGCUGUACCAGAUGCAACAAGGAGCGCCGUUUUCGUCUGCGAACAAAAGAGGAGUGUCAGGUUCACCACGAUGCUUUGGCAGAUGUGAAUUGGAAAUGCGCUGAUCUGCCGUAUGACAAAAUAACAUGUGAUGAUGAGGAAGAGAGAGCAAGCCGCAGAGUCUACAGGGGCUGCACUCGCUCUCCGACCUGCAAGGGCUGCACCUCUUGCGUGUGCUUCGGCUGCGAAAUCUGUCGCUUCUCCGAUUGCAGCUGCCAGACCUGCACUGACUUCACAAGGAAUGCCAAAGUCUAAGUGACAAAUUCUAAUAUGGACCCAAUAUUUUCCCAUUCAUUUGUGGGUUAUUUAUGCCCAUUAUUGCCUCGCCCCUUUCUUUUUCUCCAGAUUAGAAGAGAGAAGGGGAAAGAGAGAGCUGAGGAGAGAAAGAGUGAGAAAGAGAGGGGAAAAGAGGAGCUUCCAGUGACACUCUCUUUAUUAUAUGUCAGACUUGAAUUUCCAGUCCUUGAUUUCAAUUAUAUUGUUGUCAUCGACUGGUUUAAACUAUUUAAAUCUUAGUCAUUUAUUUCACA